AGCGUUGUGAAGCCGCAAUGUUGGAAGUGAGUGACAAGAGGUCGACGAGGAGGAGGGGCCGAUUGAUUUCGCAAGCUUCGUUGGGCCGAUCACCUGCAUCGCAGCGGGUUUGGUUUGUACACAAUCGGAGCGAAGUGGGUUUCUCAGAAGAAGAACGAUAUUGUCAUUGAAAUUCUGGAUUUGGAGUGUUGUAGCAUCCGGCACUUUUGUGUGACGUUGAGGGAUCUGUGUGGCGUUGGUCUGCUUUCUUCUCUGUCCAGUUUGGUUUUGAGAGGGAAGGGGUUGAUUGAGAGGAGGAAUUGGAUUCUAUUGGCCAUGGACGGAUGGGACACGACGACGACGUCGACUGUGCAGAAGAUACCGCUGCUGUCCACGCGAGCUGGGCCGCGGGAUGGGGAGAAGUGGACGCAGCGGCGGAAGGAGGAAUUUAUGGCUCUGAUUAAGUACAUGGAGAUGAACAAGGAGAGGGAUAAUGACUGGUUUCGGAUUUCGCCCAACCAGGAUGGAACGAAGUGGAAGGGGAAGUGUUGGUACAUACACAAUUUGCUCAAGUAUGAGUUCGAUUUGCAGUUUGAGAUCCCUGUGACGUAUCCGAUGACGGCCCCGGAGCUUGAGUUGCCGGAGUUGGAUGGGAAGACGGCAAAGAUGUAUCGUGGCGGUAAAAUCUGCCUCACCAUUCACUUCAAGCCUCUGUGGUCGAAGAACUGUCCAAGAUUCGGGAUCGCGCAUGCUUUAUGUUUAGGGUUAGGGCCAUGGUUAGCCGCAGAGAUUCCUCAUCUGGUGGAUACCGGAGUGAUCCAGCACAAGGAGAAGGAGGUGACUGCGGCAUCAUCGUGACCUAGGCUCAGCUGGCGUUAACGAGCUCAGCUAGGAUAUUUAUUCACUAUAGGAGCUAUUUCUUUCAUCUGUGUUGUGUUCGAAGUAAUUGAAUGUUGUAUUCAAUGUCUUUUUCUUAGUACCUCUGCAAAUGGAUUUGAUCAGGAUGCGACUUUCUCUAUUGUUUUACGCAUUUCAGAAAAAAUGAUCUUCUCGA